UGCACCAUGUUUGACAUUCUGAAAAGAUUGUUUGCAAGCCAAAGAAGAACUUUUAAUUUGGAAUUAUUAGCCAAGUUUUCAGACGUAACAAUAACUGUCACUUUUCCAGAUGGAACUAAUACAGAUUACAAGUUGGAUAGGGCGACACUUGGUAAUGUCUAUGAAAUAUUUGUUGCAAAUUCGGCUGUAGAGUCAAAUAUUUGCAUCAAGGAAAAAGAUAAGAAAGUUUUCGAAAUAUUCUUGAAAUACCUUUACCAAUGUUUUUCAUACAGUGAUGUGGUCGAAUUGACUCUGAACCAAAUAGAACAUUUGUGUACUAUGUCAAUAAAAUAUAAAACUGCUGAAUUGACAAAUAUUUGCAAGUACUUCUUAGGAGAUGAGCUGCAAGUUGGGAAUGCUUUGGAAUAUCUUUAUUUGGCAACGAAAACAGAGAGCGUAUAUAAGAAAGCUGCUUGCAUGAAUUUUAUAGCAAAUAAUGCUAAUAAAGUUCUUCUUCAAAAACAACUGGUUCAACUAGACAUUGGUGUUCUGAGUGAAAUUAUUAAUUUGCCUUCGUUAAAUAUGGAAGAAAUGAAUCUCCUCCAUGCUUUGUAUGAAUAUGCUUCUGUAAAUAUUAAAACAAGGCCAGAAUGUAGCCACAGCGAAGGUAGUAAUUUAGUUACUAUUAAUCGAACUAUUCAAAAUAUCACGAUUGACAGAGUAUAUUCUGCAACGAAUGAUAAAACUUUUGGCACCAUUAUAUAUAAAUCUAACACAAAGUCUGAUCAGAAAAUAUUGCAUAUCAAAAAUUUCUUGAAGCGGCAUGGUUUGAUUAACAAAGUUCGUAUUCUAACAGCUGAUAUAUAUGAUUUAGUAUUUGAUCCAAUUUUUUUAAAAGCAUUCGAUGCUAAUGAUGUCAUAUUUAUUUGCGAUUACUUAUAUUCAGAAGGAAAGGCCAAACCAGACAUCAAAAGUUUGUUUAUUUGUCCGAUAACUGAACCAAGAAUGAAAUCUAUCAGAUCCAGAAGGUCUUGCAGAGCUAAGAUAUCAGCUAAUAUAGAAGCUUCUGUUACAUUUCAAUUACAACGUAGGUGUAGGACAAAUACCUACAGCACAAAAAUAUUGGUAGAAGAAUUUGAGUAUUUAUGUGCCGUUCCCAUGUCGAUCAACUACAUAGUAUGGCGCACAUCAAUUCCCAAGUCACAACUAAAUAAAAUGUCAAUAAAAGUGAUAGUAGAUGACAAACCAUUACCAAUAAAUGCAAAAUCAAGUUUGAUGGAAGAUACAUUCAUUAUAACUACCUUUGAACCAAUCAAAGCAAAGACUCAUGUUUUUCAUAAAGGAGCAAAAUUUCAAAUAAUAUUUGAAAAAGAAAUGCUUUAUUACGGGAUCGAUUGUUGGUUACUCAAGAAAGUGAACAACUACAAAAUUUUGGACCAUGGUGAUAGAUAUUUGACUCUCAUACACGAGUUUGGGCUAAUAUUCCAUAUUAGGAGUUGA